AUGGUUCCCAACAAGACGCUCGUCUACAAGCAGGUGCCCAAGGGCCUCCCCGUGCCCGGGAAGGACCUCGUCGUUGAGACGCGCGACAUGGACCUCGAGGAGCCACCCAAGGGCGGCCUCAUCGUCGAGAUCCUCUACGCCUCGUUGGACCCCUAUCUGCGCCCCAAGAUGCGCGACCCCAGCAUCGAGUCGUACUCGCCGGCCUUUGUGCCCAACAACCCCAUUGAAAACGACACGGUGGGCAGGGUCCUCAAGAGCGACAGCCCCGACUUCAAGCCCGGCGACAUCGUCAAGGCCCAUGCUCCCAUUGCCGAGUACGCCGCCCUCGCGGACGUCAAGGGCCUCGUCAAGGUGCACAACCCGCACAACCUGGACCUGUCUCUCUUCACCGGUGCCCUGGGCAUGCCCGGCCUGACUGCCUGGUCCAGCCUGCACAGGAUCGGCAAGCCCAAAAGGGGCGAGACCAUCUUCGUCUCGUCGGCCGCCGGGGCCGUCGGCCAGCUCGUCGGCCAGCUCGUCGGCCAGAUCGCCAAGAAGGAGGGCCUGAAGGUCAUUGGGUCCGUUGGCUCGGACGAGAAGCUCGACUUCAUCACCGAGCAGCUCGGCUUCGACGCCGGCUUCAACUACAAGAAGGAGAGGCCGGGCGAUGCGCUGAAGCGCCUCGCGCCCGACGGCAUCGACAUUUACUACGAGAAUGUCGGCGGCGAGCACCUCGAGGCGGCUCUCGACAGCCUCAACGACUUUGGGCGAGUCGUCGCCUGCGGCAUGGUAGGUUUUCUCCCUGCUCCUUGGGCGGCUCCCUGGGCUCUGGGCGGACAGCGGCUAAACGAUGCGCAUGUCCAGAUCAGCCAGUACAACAUCGAGGGCCAGGCUUACGGCGUCCGCAACCUCAUGCUCGUCGUGACCAAGCAGCUCACCGUGCAGGGCUUCAUCGUCACCAAUCCCGACUUCGGCCCCGCCUACUACCAGGAGCACCAGGAGAAGCUGCAGCAGUGGCUCGCCGACGGCAGCGUCCAGGCCAAGAUGUCGUAUACCGAGGGCAUCGACCACGCGGCCGAGGGGCUGGUGGGCAUCUUUGAGGGGAAGAACUUUGGCAAGGCUGUUUUGCGCAUCAAGGCGUAG